UCCGAUUCGUUGCACCUACCGACAACGGCAGCGUGCUGUGAAACCCUCGGAAAAACAAAAGAGCCCACUCGGCGGCACGCGUUCCGCAGUCUGCAUUCAGACGCGAACUUAUUCGGUACCUUACCUACCUACCUGGCUGCUGGUCGCGUGAUUUCGCUUUUCAGUGUCGCGUGUUUCCCGAGACGACAAGGACUGGGCGAGCUGACGUAAUUCCCGCGCGUACAACGGCCUACUGAUCCGCUCCCGGUGGUGCGGUAGUUGACAACUUUGGUGAUUUGGUUGGUCGCCGCUUGGUUACGGAAUUUAAAAAGUGAAUCGCAGCAAGCAGCACUGGUUCGAAUCGAUUUGUUGUCGAGAAGGUGGGCUACCUACUACGAUUUAUUAUUGGUGAGAAAUCUUUGUGAUCUUUGUGUGAAUUGUGUGCAGGGGUGUUUUCUGAUGUUGGAACAGAAUUUGGUGCAACUAGUAGACGAAGAAGAUUGUACAAUUGUAAUUGUAGAUAAGGCGGGCAAUAGAUCGCAGCUAAAAACAAAGGGGUGUGACAAUUUAUGGAACGGUGGCAAAAUGAGCGCAAUUUGGUGGUAAUUUGGAGAAGUGCACUGUUCAUACAAUUGAAUUAAAUUUUCACGGACUCGGCUGUGAACAGAUUUAAAAGGCCACGCAAUGUACGGUAAACUGGCGGCGCACUUGGUGGCGCUGUCCAGCCUCUUCUGGUUGGCGCACGCAGUAGACUAUGCCCCCAAAAUGGAGACGGUCAAGCAGUGGAGUUUCCUGUCGUACAACUUCCCCUGGGACUACCCCGCCAACAGCAAGGAGUUCUACAACCCGGAAAACAUCGUAGCAACCGGUAUCGAAGUAGGCUACGAUCGCAUCUUCAUAGCCACGCCGCGGUUGUUCAGCGGCGUACCGGCUACGCUGUCUGCGAUCCCACGUGGUACGCAGGGCGAUUCACCACCACUCCAGGCCUACCCUGAUUGGACUCAUCACACCGCCGGCACCAAGGAGUACAACUGCUCCGACAUUGGACUGGUGUCCGUGUACCGUAUUCGGAUCGAUUCCUGCAAUCGACUGUGGGCCCUGGAUGCCGGUGUUUCGCGCUCCUUGGAAGACUUCGAGGUGACUUGUCCCCCGAAGAUCUUGGUCUACGAUCUGCACACGGAUCAGGUGGUACGGAGAAUCGACUUCCCGCCGGAGGUUGUCCGCCGUGAAUCGCUGUACACCAACAUCAUCGUGGACGAGACCGGUUCCAGGCCGGAGAACAACUGCGACGAUGUGUUCGUGUAUAUUACCGAUACAGUUGCUCCAGGGAUCGUCGUUUACGAUAGUGGAAAGGAUCUAACGUGGCGUGUGAGCCAUCCGGCUAUGUACCCCGAUCCAGACUUCGCCGAAUCCACCAUUUUGGAACACCGUUUUACUCUUAUGGACGGCGUUGUUGGCAUUGCUUUCGAUCAGGAAGCCGGAAUCAUCUACUUCCAGCCAUUGGCUACUGAUAGAUUGUUCUCCGUAACGACGGCAGCUCUGCGUGCCGGACCUUUGCCUUUCGGAAAGGACCUACCCGUCAAACUGGUCGGCCGUAAAUCGUCGCAGGGCAUCGGUUUGGCUGUAUCGCCACACACCGGUACCAUCUUCUACUCGCCCUUCACGGAAACUGCCGUUGCAUCGUGGAACCCCCGUACCAAUGAGCAUCAGAUCGUCGCCCAAGAUCAGGAACGGCUACAGUUCGCAGCCGACAUUCGAACUCCGGCUCGAGACGGAUCCGCCCUCUACGUCCUAACCUCCAAAUUCCACCGGUUCUUCCUCAAGAACAUCGACGCCAACGAGUUCAACACCCGUAUUCUACGCAUCGACGGAGUUGUCGGUCCCUCGUUACCAACAAUAGCUCCGUCCGGAUUUGGACCAACCGUCGAGACGAACUCCGCUUUCUACAGCUUACCCGCCGUAACCCCGUCCGCAGCCAAUUCCUUCAAACCUCUUCCUCCAACCAUCCCAUUCACCAAGUACCCGACGCACAAGUCCCCCAACCCCAAGACCUACGCUUUCAUCCAGAACUACUACGUCAACAACAAGCAACCCUACGUCUACGAACCGGUUCCGGUCAUCGACAAGACCAAAACCAAUCCCUUCUUCAUCCUGAACAGUGGCGAGAAGCCCUUCCCGGCUACGCAGCAGCGACCCCAGUACGGCCUCAACGGGGAGAUCUUCUUCCCCAAGAUCAACCACCACUUCAACGACUUCAACGGCCUUCGGUACGCCAAGAGCUUACGGGCCAAUCUGACGGCGACGCCUUGAGCGUGCGUCCGCCCCCUAGUAUUGUUUUGGACGAUACCCCCAUUCGGCGUCUCUCGCAGCGCGUGAAGAGACGGUCCCGAAAUUGGGCACUCGUCCCGUGUCUAGAAGCUCUGAUUGCACAUCUCCUAUACUCCAGAGCAUGAAUUCUAGCCUGCAAGUGUAAAUAGUAUCAUAAAUCUCAACAAAUUUCAAUUCCUCAUUGUGUCUUUCCCCUUUUUUUGCACCGUCUAAUUUGAGUACCACCGGAGAAACAUUUGUCACAUCUUGACGGACGAAUGUCCGUCAACGAAUUUCUCACAAAACAAACCACUCUCGUCAGAUCAAAUUUCCAUGUUUAUGACUCUUCUCUUCGACACUUAUAUUUUUAUUGUUUUCAUUAGAUUAUUAGUUUUCUACAACUUCUUUUGUUUCACACCCCUUGUGAAGAUAAUUUGUUGAACUGAACAUCUCUGGAAAUCAACUCUAAGGCCAUUGUUCCAGGGAUGUUCGAUUUGCCUCGUUUUCGUACGAGAGGUGUCAAAUGAAAGUGUUUCA